AUGCUCCCGUUUGCGCCCCUUCUGGCCCUGCUGGGCUUCGCGAGCACCGCUCACUCGUCCGCCCUCGACAAGGCUGAGGACUUGAGUGACUGCCUAACAAAGGCUGCCGUACCCAUUAGUGCUCGAGGGUCCAGUGACUGGAAGCUCGAUGCGGCGCCAUUCAACCUCCGGCUUAACUACACCCCGGUUGCCAUAGCCGUGCCGAGGACACCUAAGCAUGUGCAGGAUGCCGUUGCUUGUGCGAGACAGCUUGGCAUAAAAGCAAACGCAAAGUGUGGAGGGCACAGCUAUGCAUCCUUCGGUCUAGGCGGAGAGGACGGCCACCUGAUCAUUGAAAUGGACCGGAUGAAUAAAGUGGUUCUUGACAACACCACGGGGAUCGCAACAGUUGAGGGUGGUUCACGCCUUGGCCAUGUCGCCUGGGAGCUCUACAAUCAAGGCAAAAGAGCGUUCAGUCAUGGCACUUGUCCAGGCGUGGGUGUUGGCGGGCAUGCACUCCAUGGAGGAUACGGGGUAAGCUCUCACACAAAGGGUCUAGCUCUGGACUGGAUGGUUGGCGCAACUGUGGUCUUGGCCAACUCGACCAUCGUGAACUGUUCGGCAACCGAGAACCCAGACCUGUUCUGGGCUUUGCGUGGUGCCGGGGGGUCGAUGGGUAUUGUCACCGAGUUCCGCUUCAACACCUUCGAGGCUCCGGAGCAGGUGACCUACUUCAUCGCGCCGGUGCAAUGGCCCACGGAGGCGAGGGCAUUCGUGGGCGUACAAGCGGUCCAGGAGUUUGCCCAGUCCAUGCCGGCUGAGCUGAACAUGCGCCUGUUCAUUGCCAGCCGAUUCAUCAACCUCGAAGGAAUGUACUACGGCAACAAGGAAGACCUGCGAGCUGCUCUUGCGCCCCUGCUCAAGAAGACGAACGCCACAUUGGCUCUGACGGAGACAGGUGGCUGGCUGGAUCAAGUCAAGCAUUUCGGGGGCGGUGUCAGCAUCGACCAAGGGCACCCCUAUGACGAGCACGAGACAUUCUAUUCCACCAGCCUCUACACCAAAGCCCUCAGCGAACCCCAGCUCAAGACCUUCGUCAGCUACUGGUUCCAACACGCCAAGACGAACAAGAGAGACUGGUAUGUACAGAUCGACCUGCACGGGGGCAACAACUCGGCCGUGAGAGCGGUCAAGUCGGAUUCAGCCUCGUAUGCACACCGCGACUACUUACUCAUGUACCUGUUCUACGAUCGUGUCGACAAGAACCGCGUCUACCCGGCUGACGGACACACCUACAUGGAGAAUUUCGCCCGCAACAUCACCGAUGGCAUGUCCAGGAGCGACUGGGGCAUGUACAUCAACUACCCGAACUCAAGAUUGGAUCAGCAAGCGGCUCAGGUUAAUUACUGGGGAGGCCACUUGGCUAAGUUGCAGGCGAUCAAGAAGGCCGUGGAUCCGGAUGAUAUGUUCCAUCAUCCGCAAGGGAUUUUGCCGGCAGAUGCAUGA